UACCAUUGGGGGCUCGUGCCCCCAUAUCUUAAACCCAUAUCUUAGAGAGUGCGUCCGCCCGUCGCCUACUUCUCCUUUCAUUUUCCUUCUCCUAUCUUCAGCUUCGAAUUAACGCCUCCACUGAUUCUACUACUUCGAAAUUGAAAUGCAUGGAUCAACUCAGAAAUGCUCCAGAACUUUUAGAAAAUUGGGGUUUUAAUCUGUUGCAGUUAUUCAUGGAAAUCGGAUCUUGCAUUAAAGUUCAAAAUGGCAGCUGUCCAACAUCAUACUUAACCCAUGCAAGUUAUUUCCAUGAACAAUCUUAUUCAAUCCAAAAUCGCACUUCAGCUCCUUCAUCUUAUGUGACACUUCCUCGCAAAAAUUGCACUUGCAAAGCAACAUUAAAGGAGGCCAAUAGCAAGAUUGAAUCCGUAGAAAAGUUAAAAGUGAAGCCUUCUGAAUUUUCUUCUGAGAUCGAGCUCUCAAGUUUAACUGCUAUAAGCCCCUUAGAUGGGCGUUACAGGAACAAAGUCAAAGAUUUAUCCCACUAUUUGAGUGAAUAUGGUCUUAUCUACUAUCGCACCCUGGUUGAGGUAAAGUGGCUAAUAAAGCUCUCACAAAUUCCUCAAGUAUCUGAAGUUCCAAGCUUUAGCAAUGAAUCCCAAAAGAAAUUACAAGAACUAAUUGAUGGAUUCAGCAAUGGUGAUGCAAUGCAAGUAAAGAAUAUCGAGAAAAUAACUAAUCAUGAUGUGAAAGCAGUUGAGUAUUUUCUUAAAACAAAGUGUCAAGAAGAUCCACAGAUAGCUAAGGUGCUUGAAUUUUUUCAUUUUGGAUGUACAUCAGAAGACAUAAACAACCUUGCUCAUGGUUUAAUGCUUAAGGAAUCAUUAAAUUCGGUUAUUCUUCCAGUGAUGGAUGAUUUAAUUAAUGCAAUAUAUACCAUGGCAAAAGCCAAUGCUCAUGUUCCUAUGCUUUCUCGCACUCAUGGACAGCCAGCUUCACCUACAACUUUGGGAAAGGAAAUGGUGAUAUUUGCAGAAAGAUUAAGCAGAGAAAGACACGAUAUUUCAAAAGUAGAAAUAUUAGGGAAAUUUGCAGGAGCUGUUGGUAAUUACAAUGCACAUGUUGUGGCAUAUAAUGAUGUAAAUUGGCCAAAAAUUGCAGAGGAGUUUGUAAACUCUCUUGGAUUAAGCUUUAAUCCACAUGUAACACAGAUUGAAUCUCAUGAUUACAUGGCAAAACUUUUCCAUUCAUUUAUUCGAUUUAAUAACAUCUUGCUUGAUUUUGAUAAAGACAUAUGGGGGUAUAUCUCUGUUGGAUACUUCAAACAGGUGACUAAGGCUGGUGAAAUUGGGUCAUCGACUAUGCCUCACAAAGUCAACCCCAUUGACUUUGAAAACAGUGAAGGAAAUCUUGGAAUUGCUAAUGCAGUUUUAGACCAUUUAAGCAUGAAGUUACCUAUUUCACGUUGGCAGCGUGACUUGACUGAUUCUACUGUUUUGAGAAACAUUGGUGUGGGAUUGGGUUAUUCACUUCUGGCUUACAAGAGUGCAUUAGUUGGAAUCGGGAAGCUUCAGGUGAAUGAAGCUGCCUUAAACAAGGAUCUGGACAACUCGUGGGAGGUUCUUGCUGAACCGAUACAGACAGUGAUGAGAAGAUAUGGUGUUGAGGAGCCUUAUGAGAAACUGAAGGAGCUUACGAGAGGAAGAGUGGUUGAUAAAGAGAGGAUUACGGAAUUCAUUAAAGGGUUGGAAAUACCGGUUGAAGCAAAAACAGAGCUUUUAAAGUUGACACCACACAAUUAUGUUGGAGUUGCUUCUCAAUUGGUGGAGGAGGCGUGUUUUAGGGCUAAUAAUAAAUAGGUUGAUUUUAUUCGGUUUGUGGUUAUGAAUAAUUGUUGAGACUGUUGGUUUGUGAAAUUGGAUGCCUUUAAACCUCCUUUAACAUGCAUGAAUAGGAGCAAUGGAUGCGAUAAUGAAUUCCUAGGUGA